CUCGGUGUGUAUGUUGCCCAUCGACUCCGCCCACUCUGACCAACAUACCGUAUUACAUACCACAAGUAGUUGGUGUGCUCGGAGUGGUCGAACUAUUUAAAGGUGUGGACACACUUGGGGACUUUGCAGAUUGAGAGCUCCUAAAGUGCUUGGAAAUAAAAUCUCUCUCUACGUGCUUUGGCUGUAGAGUUCUCUAAACUGUUUAUAUAAUGGUGCGCCCCCCCUUUUCUGGUUGGCUGGCUUUAGGACUUGCCAGAAAGGCAGCCUUUGCAUAUUCUCAACGCUAUCCAGCUUCCCGGUACAGCACCACUUCGUCUGUUCAGAGAACUCCAUCCUUCAGUUAUGUGAUCGUGGGGGCAGGUUCUGCAGGAUGCGUGCUGGCCAACCGCUUAUCAGAGAACCCAUCUGAGUCUGUACUCCUUUUGGAGGCAGGGCCCAAGGACUUGCUUCUUGGGUGUACCCGCCUGUCAUGGAAGAUACACAUGCCAGCAGCAUUGACCUACAACCUCUGCAAUGACAAGUACAACUGGUUCUACCACACACUGCCACAAGCAGGAAUGGAUGGCCGGAUCAUGUACUGGCCUCGCGGUCGUGUCUGGGGAGGCUCAUCUUCAAUCAAUGCCAUGGUCUAUAUUCGUGGGCAUGCUGAGGACUACAACCGCUGGCACACCGAAGGUGCUGAGGGCUGGGACUAUGAGCAUUGUCUUCCAUACUUCAGGAAAGCCCAGAACCAUGAAUUGGGAGCGGAUCAAUACCGGGGUGGCAGUGGACCCUUGCACGUUUCUAGAGGCAAAACUGAUCACCCUCUUCACCAUGCAUUUAUCGAGGCUGCUCAACAGGCUGGUUACCCCUUCACCGACGACAUGAAUGGGUAUCAGCAGGAAGGUUUUGGCUGGAUGGAUAUGACCAUUUACAAAGGCAAAAGAUGGAGCACAGCAAGUGCAUACUUGUGGCCUGCUCUGUCCAGACACAACCUGAAGGCAGAAGUCAGAUGUCUGACUACACGGAUUCUUUUUGAUGGGACUCGAGCAGUGGGAGUGGAGUACCAACAGAAUGGUCAGACAAAGAAGGUAUUUGCUGAUAAGGAGGUCAUUGUCAGUGGUGGUGCCAUUAACUCGCCGCAGCUGCUUAUGUUGUCCGGGGUUGGAAAUGCUGACGAUUUGCGCAAAUUGGAAAUCCCCGUCGUGCAACAUCUCCCAGGUGUGGGAAGCAAUCUCCAAGACCAUUUGGAGCUGUAUAUCCAACAAAAGUGCAUUAAGCCUAUCACUCUGUACAAAGCUCAGAAACCAUUCCAAAUGGCUAAGAUCGGCUUGGAGUGGCUACUGCGCUUCACAGGUUCCGGUGCUACAGCUCAUCUGGAGAGUGGUGGUUUUAUUCGCAGUCGCCCUGGUGUCACUCAUCCCGACAUCCAGUUCCACUUCCUGCCAUCCCAGGUUAUCGACCAUGGCCGUGCCAUGCCCAAACUCGAGGCUUACCAGGUACAUGUCGGACCAAUGAGGAGUACGAGUGUUGGCUGGUUAAAACUAAAAAGCAGAAAUCCGCUUGACCACCCUUUGAUUGAACCCAAAUACCUCUCAACUGACAUUGAUGUUCAGGAGUUCCGGCAGUGUGUGAAGCUGUCACGCGAAAUCUUCGCCCAGCCAGCCUUCGAGCCAUUCAGGGGUGUUGAGCUGCAGCCUGGCAUCUCUGUGCAUUCCGAUGCUGAGAUUGACGCGCUUGUGCGGCAGAAAGCAGACAGCGCCUAUCACCCGUCCUGCACCUGCAAGAUGGGCCGAGACACCGACCCAAUGGCUGUUGUGGACCCUGAGACACGUGUUUAUGGCCUGCAGGGACUCAGGGUGGUGGAUGCCUCAAUCAUGCCCAGUAUGGUCAGCGGCAAUCUGAAUGCCCCCACCAUCAUGCUCGCAGAGAAGGCUGCCGAUGCAAUCAAGGGCCUUCCCUCGCUCCAUGAUCAGAAUGUACCUGUUUACAAGCCAGCCAGUCUGGAGACACAGAGAUGAGAGAACCUGCUAGGAUAAAAACGGAGAAGGAUGUGGAGGAAUUUCUGAGUACGUGCUAGGGGUGAUAUCACUGCACUGGAAUAAAGGGAAUAUAAUAUAGUGUUAAUAUACUGGCAUACUGGAAAAAAAAAAGUAGAGUGGUGCUUGAAAGUUUGAAUGCUAUAGAAUAGGAUACUUGGUUAUUUGUUUUAAGGACAGCAAUUCGAUAUUACAUAAUCUGUAAAAAGCAUUAAUUUUAGUAUAAGAAGUGUGCAGCAUUACUUCCACUAAACCCUUUCAGUGACUGUUGAUCAGCAUUGUCUUGAAGGUACUUCCUCUUGGAUGAAUUUUUAAAACAAUCAUCGAAGAACACGUUCAACGCUGGAAUAUUGAUAUAUUCCAUAUUGUCAUUGACAUGACUUGCUGCUUCAGAUCAUUCUUCUGGUAGAAUGAUUCGUGUCAUUGUCAGGUCAAAGACAGAUGUUGUGACAUUUUUCUUUAGAUUUUGCUGGUAUAAGUCAAAAUUCAUUAUUCCACUGAUUAUGGCAAGCCAUCCUGGACAAGAUUCAGCAAAACAGGCCCAAAGCAUUAGAAUACAAAUAUGUUUAAAGAAUGGGAAUUGGAUCUAAUGCUGGAACGCAGCACGUUCUUAUUUUUAAACAUUACGUUUUUUAUUUAAAUCAAACCUUCAAUUUUGCUCACAUCCUUUCACAUAAUAUAUUUACAAUAGCCUUCCAUGUACACCAUUGUAUUUCAGCCUGAUGGUGCACUUGAAACAUUAAUAUAAGCUAAUGUGAGAGAAGUCUUGAGUUGCUUAAAAGUUAAUUCAUUCUCUAUUACAGCAUUAUCUGUUUAAAGCUGCUUUUAGACAAUGUCCAUUGUUAAAAGUGCUAUACAAAUUGAAAUUUAAUGAACCAGGGUUCCUAUGUGACCUUCCAGACUAUUACACAUCAGUUAUUCUUAGAGAAGUUAAUAAUGGUCUUAAAUUCCCUAAUUUGUAAACAAUCUGUCUGACAGCGCAUUGAUGAAGUCAGAACUAUUUAAAGAUGGCUAUGUUCCAGGCUGUUGAGCAACAACAACCUUUUUGUCGGAGGUUCUCAUACAUCAGCUUCGUUUAGUUGAAUAAUACACAUCCACAAACGUGUUGAGAAGAUCUAACUUUUAUAAAUGCAUGUUCUUUAAAUAAAAUCAGGACGCUCACACCUGAUCGUCAUCCCACUGCGUGAAAACACCUGACUUGAAUUACUUUAUAUUAACCGCUAAUGCUUGAGGUUCACAUACCUUUGCUUACAUCUCUUUUCACGAUAUAGAAUACUGAACCAUUUUCCUUAAUAAUUUGAGUAAAAUGGCAGGGUUUUUUUUUUUCAGAUCAGAUCAUCAGAUUGAAAUAACUAUCAGGUAUUAGUGAACACCCUGUUUUAAGAAAAUGACAGAGUAUACUAUUUUGUAUCAUUUGUUUAAUUGGGUUCUCUUUGUCUACUUAUAUCUGAUAACGUUUUGGUAAUUAUGCAGAAAUUCUUUUUUUUUUUUAAUCCACAAACUUUAAAGCACCACUGUCCUGUUUUAAUAAAUGUAAGCUAUGAGUGAGCCUUUUAAUGAAGUUUCUCAGAUAUUUAAUAAAUGCACAGCUGCUACAGUCAUAUAAAUAUAUAAUGUUGUAAACAGAUACUGUGAUAUGACCCCUAAUGCACUAAGUUACAUGGGUAAAGCCUAUAUUUAGUAACAUUUGAUAGAAGUGAACAGCCUAUCUUGCGGAACGUUACAAACUUAAGUUCUUUCUUAAUUUAAAAGAUUUAAUAUAGAUUUUUAAAAUGUCUUUAUUAAUUGCACUACAUGAGGUUCUUAUUGUUCACUGUGCAGUUUCAGUGAACAUUCAAACUGUUUGAGUCCAAAUCAGAGCAAAACCUGUGGGUUUGUUGACUGGUUUGAUCUAAAUUGGUUUUACACUGCACAUAAUGAAAUAACUUGAAAAAGCAAAAAAAUGUUAGCUGAGGUCUGUGUAGGGCCUAAUUCUUUUGUUGGUGGGAAAUGAACACACCUUAGGGUUUGAUUCAAAUGAAUUAAACACUGCAUAUUUGAAAGUAUACUUAAUGUCUUAUUUGACAAACCUAUUAGGAACCACUGAGGAUUUGUAAUUUACUGUCAUCUGAAAAGAAUGAACCAUACAGCCAUUAUUGUCUAUAUAGCUGGUGACAAAACUGAGUACCAUGCAAAGCUAUUCAUCAUGUUCAUGUUUUUGUCUGCUUGACAGGACCUUACAGUUUUUAUAUCUUGUAUUAGAGCAGUUAAAAUUUGGUACUUUGAGUACAAUUCUCUCAUACUGACCAGUGGCUGUUCAACAUGGCACUUCAUGGCAAAAAACUUAAGUUUUGUAAGAAUUUAAGAAUUAGAAUAAAAGAAUAGAGAAUAAGAAGAUGCCUACACCCUGAAACUGAGAUUUAGUAGUGGCCAGGGUCAUACAGAGGUUUUCCAAGAUUGGUUCCACUCGGAACAGGCCUCUCAAGGGUCGUUCAAAGAAGUUGAGUCCUCGUGCUGUGUGUCAGGUGCAGAAGCUGCUUCAAAAAAAACAGACACAAAUGCUGCCAGUAUUGCUUUAGAGGUUGCAGAAGCAGAAGGUCAGCUUGUCAGUGCAUGGUCUUCGUCCCAGGAGAAGCUGACUCACAGGAAAGCCCGCAAACAGUUUACUAAAGACAACCUGUCCAAGAGCAUGAAUUACUGGAACCUGUGGUCUGAUGAGGCUAAGAUAAACUUGUUUGGCUUAGAUGGUGUCCAACAUGUGUGGUGUCGCCCUGGUGAGAAGUACCAAGAGUGCCUACAGUCGAGCAUGGUGGUGGUAGCAUCAUGCUCGUUUGGGGCUUUUGUUCAUUAAGGGAAACAUGGACUCCAACAAGUACUGUGACAUUCUGAAGCAGAACAUAAAGCCCUCCUUUUAAAAAAUGGGCCAAACGGCAGUUUUACAAAAUGAAAACGACCCAAACACACCACCAAGAUAUAAACUGCGGAAGGAAGCUGAAGGUGAUGGAGUGGCUAAGUAGGUCUCCAGACCUGCACCCUACUGAGCACCUGUGGGGUAUCCUCAAAUGGAAGGUGGAAAAGUGCAAUGUUUCAUCAUCCAGCAGCUCUGUAAUAUCACUAUGAAGGAGUGAAAGAGGAUCCCAGCAACAACCUGUGCAGCUCUGGUGAAUUCCAUGCUCAGGAGGAUUAAGGUAAUGCUGAAUAACAAUGCUGCUCACACAAAACAUUGACAUUUGGACGCAGUUUUGACAUGUACUCACUUUUGUUGCCAGUUUUUUUUACAAUAAUGGCUAUACGUUGAGUUAUUUUCAGUAAAUCUGCACUGCUAUACAAUCUGCACAUGGACUACUCUAAUAUAUAUAUCUAGUAUUGUCCGUUGAGAAGGUAAUGGCUGAAAUGUGAGGAGUGUACUCACUUUUGUAAUAUACUGUAGGAUAAAAAAAAGGGAAUCAAAUGUUCUUUAGUGUAAGCAUUACUGCUGUAACAACACUAACGUCUAUAAUUGAAGUCUUAAAUAUUGCACAACUGGAAAUAUGUCUAUGUCUAUAUGCAAUUAUACAUUUCUGUAUCAGUGCCUAACACACAUUCUGGCAUUUCAGUGAAAUGAAAUGUGCAGGUUGGGAGCAAUGCAAACUUCAGUGCCUUUUAUGUUUAUAUUCAUACUGGUCUCAUGGAUCAUGAUGUGUUGGUGACUAAUGUAGCACUGGUUAUUUUUAAACAGUUUAUUUGGUUAGAAAAUAAUCCAGGCCGAGAACAAGAGAGAAAAGCUAAUGUACAAAAACAGAUUGUCCAUCGAUACAAAACUGGCAAUUCUGGGCAAUGAGCUACAGGCAGAUCUCAGAAUACUUCAGAUAUAUAGUUCUUGAACAAGGGGUACAAUGUCAUGUACACAAAAUCACUAUAUGAAAAUAAACCAUUUGAGUUAAAACCUUUACAUUGCCUCUUGCAAAUUGUCUUUGUAACAUCAUUAACACAUUUCUUUUGUUUUCUAAUAAAACUGCUGUUCAAUGCAAAAGGACCUUUUGUACCCUUUAAAUGCCCUAUAUCUAAUUGUAAGGAUUUAAAAUGACACGAGCAGAGCAAAUGGCAAGGAAAUAUAUUUGAAAUACAAAUAACUGCAUUUGAAUUUUAGUGUUUCAUUUGUAAUUUAGUCAAAGUUUGGUAUAAUUUCUAUCAUUUUUUUUUAUAUAAGGCCUGGUUGAUGCAUAUAUUUCCAAAUUCCAAAUAUGAACAUGAGAUCACUGAGGACAUUGCAGAGUGUGAUACCAGAAAUGUUUCUCAGAGCCCUUUCUGUCAAGUGUUUUAAAGUGUGCUGCAAAGCAGUUUGGCUUUGUGCAGGUUUCAAGCAUUCGUGCUAUGCAAAUGGUGGCAGAUGCAGUGUUUACUAUGCAGAACAAAAAAAAAAAAAAACACAAUUCAUGACUGAAUCAGCGAGUGAGCCAUGGCAGUGAGUGACAGAUGCAGUAUUCCCAGCAUCUCGUUACAUUUCUUUUUUCAUCCCUGGAGUUUUCUGGAGUCAAACACGAGAUGACAAGCCGUAUUCAAAUGGAGCAUAGAAACUGACUGUGCAGUACAAAACUAUGAUAUGUCCACAUUUGGACCAACAAAGUUUGAUGUAACAUGACAUUUCAUCAAAUGGGCUUUAUAAAAGAUUGUCUUUGUGUACAGUAGCAUGAAAAGUGCAAAAAGCAUUUUUUUUUAAAGUUCAAAUAUCUCUCCGCAAGAGUGAAAGUGUGAAAAAAGCUCUAUGGCUCAGACAAUAAGUCAGGUUUCAUUUGCUUAAAGCAAACAUGCUUGGAGUUUCUACCCCUUAAAAUG